AUUUUAACCAAUUAUCGACGAUUAGAUCAAAAUACGUGAUUUGGAUUCGCAGAAACGCCAAAAUAUUCACAUGUUGAAUCAUGGACACCGCCGACGAAGCGACAUGGGCAGAGUGCAAUGACAUCGUUGACCACGUCAAGCACAGCAACGUGCAUGAAGGCAUGCAGCGACUGUGCACGUUGGCGCUGGACACAGACGUGACGGUUGUCCGGGAGUGGACGCACGCGACGAUCGCAGACACCCUGGAAUGGUACGAAGCCAGCCUCCAACCGCCAUGUGUCCGACCACCUGUAGCAGCAGCACCGCCGUCGACAUUCAAUGCAGUCAUCGGGGCAGUAUCCCUGCAAGCUCAUUACGAUCUCGUCAAGGAGCAUGUAUUGAGUCUCCUUCUACAUCGCGACAACACUAUUCCCGACGCCACGAUGAUGGAACUACAGCAACUGUUGGCCGACGACGUCGACGACACCGCGCUCUUUGUCGAGCUCGCCAACGUGUUGUUGUGCCAGCACCCUCUCGCAGACUUGUCGGCGGCGUUUGAGGCGCGACUGACUGGUCACUUGAACGACAUGUCGCUGCCAGCUCGAUUCAACUUGUGGACUCAAUUUCCACAUCUAUGGGAGCUCCAGAUUGCUACGUGGUUGCAGGAAGCCCACGUGAGUCCGCUGCGCCCCAUGCUAUUCAUCCUCCUUGGCUUAUCCCAACCAAUAUCCGACGGACACAUGUCAACACUAGACAAGACCAAGUUGCUUUUUCGUGAAAUGUAUCAACACGCCCCUCACUUGCAUGUUGUCGUGCAUGAUGUUUGCCAGCGAUUGCUCGACGUGUACCCAACGCAUCGGAUGCUCGAGUGUGUGCAGUCGUUGGCUGGUUUUACCAUCACUCCCGAUCGUUCGUUCGUGCAAAUCGAGGCCGCGGGGGGGAUGACGGCACGGACGUGGUGGCAGGUGGCUCAAGACACUCGGUGGAUUCACGCUACAUGCUGCCGCGUACUUUGUCCACCGUCUCCACGCCCCGUCAAACAUGACGAUGCUUCCAUCGUUACCAAUGAUCAUGAAGAAGCUGUGAAGGCAUCCUGGUUGAACUCGCUCGUGGCCAUCUAUGCAGUGCAAUGUCCCACAAUACACGUGGAGCUCUCUGGGUUUGCCACGUCAUUCGUCGAAGCCAUCCACCAGAGUUCGACCAAGGACGUUGUCGUCCAUCACCCCACCACACCGUUUGCAUGGUUGCAGCAACACCGCACAACAGCGGCGAGGUUUGCCCCGUUGACGAUCACACUAUUGUGUAACUGGAUGGUUCUGGCUGGCUCUUCAACUGAUACCCAUGACGUUCGACGUUCCGUCGACACGCCCGCGUCACUGUCCUGCAUCGAAUACCUCUUCCGCCUCACACCGCCGCCGCCAAUGACUCGUCGGGCAUAUCAAGUGAGUCUUUUGGGCGUGUUCUUGGCGUGUAUCGAAGGACUCGAUCGUGAGAAGUGUCCCCAGCAGAAUCAUUUGCAUGAUAGCAUUGCACGGGCGGGGCUUGAACUGGUGCGGCUCAUGGCUGUGGACGACGAAGUGGCGUUGCCGGUCGAGUGGCAACGGCAUGCUACUGACAGACUCAAGUGCCAUCAACAGGUCUCAGGUUGAAAAAGUACAGUAUGUACUACAGUACGAGUACAAGUUGGGUUAUUGUUAUUGUGUACUCGAGUAGUAACCUACACUGCCACCACAAUCCAUUUAGUACAGUACGACAGUCGUAUUUGCGAUGUAAACUCUCC